AUGUACGCCCUCGUGGUUUUUUUGGUGGAACAACCCGCCCCCUCCCCCCGGGGGUUCGAGACAAGGUCGCCUUGGCCGUGGUCCUGCGUUGUCGCGAACGAGAAAGAAAAACAGGGGACGGGCAAGACGGGGGGGAUCGCAGGGGCCCCGAAUAUGCAGAGAUAUGCAGAGAAAACGGUCGAGGAGAGCAGACGAGGCGCCCGCGCACCACCAUCACCCCUCGCGCCUUUGGUCCGUCUCUCCUGGCAGGGCUUGUGCGUCCGUAUGAUUGGGUGCAAGGAGCCCGAACGCUGCAGGUCUGCACCACACUACGGCAGUGAACGAGGGGUAGGUUUCCAUUCAGCUGGAUGGCCCAUCUUAAGCGCCCAGCAGACGAUCGGAGGACGGGGGGGGACCCCGGACGGUGGGACCGGACCGACCACUCACAAGCCCCGUCCAGAAGCCGCCCGGCCACACAAUGGCAUCAUUGUCGGGGUGGAGCAAGACGAUAGAACGCUGACGAUUUCCUGUUCUCGUGUAACCAAUGGCGAGACCUCUGCUAGCGCCCGGCCCAUGUGGCUGGGCAAGUUUGGCGACCCCUGGACUUUGGGCCGGACGGGCACUCUGCGAUUGCGGUCGGUCGGGACUUGCAGCAAGUCAUUCUGCAAGGGUGCCAUCGCUUGUCCCAGUUCAGGAUGGUGUCCCAUGUACAUAAGACGGCGACUCUAUGUGACACAAGAGGGCUGGGAGCAUACAAUCGUUAGGCACUGGACGCGUUGGACAAGCCAUUGUCGCCCCAUGCCAAGACGGCUGAUCCCAUUUGCCAAUCCAAGACAUCUCGGCAACUUGGCCUCUGUAAAUAAACCCGCUGCACCCGUCCUCUGCAUCCGCCAGUGCCUUGCAGCGUCGCCAUUUCUGCUCCAGAGGGUUGGUGAUGACAAGGCACGGUAUCAAUCAUUCCGGAAAAUCAUCCAGUACUCUUAUCCGCCAGAGUCCUACAUCUCAUCUCAACACAUACCCGUGCUACUCUACAUUUAUGUCUCUGCCCACGUAUGCGUGCUUCCUCUACUGCCUCGUCCCGGUCCCGUUUCCAGGCGCGACGUGAAUCUGCCACCAGUGCGCCAUCUCCUUCGGAAACGCCGCCUCGCGGUCCUCACUAACCCACGUGUCGUACUCCUCGUGCGUCACCGCCUCAGCCAGCAGGUCCCGCGGGGCGCCCGUGCGGACCGCGUCGAGGAACCCGGCCGUGACAUCGACGUACUGCCGGAGCGCGGCGCCGACGGCAAAGCGCGCGCCAGUGACGGCGCUCAGCAGCAGCGGCUCGAGCAGCGGCGCGUCGGUGACGGACGGGUGGGCCGUGCCGCGGGCCGUGAGGAACCACGCGGCCGCGGUCCGGUUGAGGCUGUCGGCGACAAUGUCGCGCACCGUGUCAAAUCGGUGCGGGACGAGGCCAUGCCGUGGGAGAAGACGACGAGCGGGAAGCUGCUGCUGUUGCUGCCUGUCAGCGGCGGCAGCAGCGGGGCGUCGACCUUGGCCGGAAUCUCGAUGCGCCCGGCGACGGCCCCAGAGGAGAAACGUCAGGAGCGGGCGGACGAAGAAGAAGUCGGCGUGGGCGAGCCGCGCAAACCCGGCCGCGGUGAGGGACACGGGCCGCGGGAUCCAGAGAUGCGGCGGCGCGGCGGCCGGCGCGCCGCGCGCGACGGGGUAGUACAGGCUAAACAGGACCGACUCGAGCACGUAGGCGGGCUGGCCGGAGGCGCGCAGCGCCGUGGCGGAGAGCGUGCGCGGCGCGGCGACGGGCACCUCGAUGUCGACGGUGCCGACGUCGUACGGCCCGGCGUGCUGCGCGGGAAGGCUGGACGCGAGCAGGGGCUGCCCGCGCAGCACGCAGACGAGGGCGUAGAGCGCGACCAGGUGGAAGACGAGGGAGCGCCAGGAGCGCCGCGGGCGGAGCAGCUGCGCGACGCGCAGCAGAUGGCGGGCGGCGGCGCCCCGGCGGGAGGCGUAGGGCGGUGGCGAGAGCCAUUUCGGGACGGCAGAGGCAUGUGCGGAGGAGGCUUCGAGCAGCGGCGAGUCGGGGUGGUCGGUCGAGGGUUCGAGCUCGACUUGCACGCCGACAUGGUCGUUGGUGACGUCGCGGCGGCGCGGCAUGGUGGGCUGUGUUUGCGGCCCAAGGCUGGAGAAGUAGUGGCGAGGAAAGAGGACGGGACUGGUUGGAAAACAGAAAGAGAGGAGGUAGGAAAAGAGGAUGAUUGGGAAAAGGAGUGGCGGUCACAGCGGCGCAAGUGUUUCCGGGGAGGCUUGCUGGUGGGGUUUUUUGGCUCCGGGACCUUCGGGACGAGGUGGAGGUCGAGGAGCAGGGAGGGUGACAAAGGUUAA